AUGACGAAGAUCCUAACUUUACAAUCCUCGUGUAUCCCUACACGAGCUCCGGUUACAAAGCACGCGAAUUUCAAUCAGAUUCCUUCAUGGGUUUCUCUGAAAUCGAGCACUUCUUCUUCCUCUCUGAAAAUCGAGCACAAGCAAGGACAAGUGGAGAAUCUUCAUCUGGUCUCAUUAUCUAAACAUGGGAAGCUCAACGAAGCGUUUGAGUUUUUCCAAGAAAUGGAUAAGGCAGGCGUCUCCGUGGCUCCGUACUCUUAUCAGUGUCUCUUUGAGGCUUGCAGAGAGUUAAGGUCUUUAUCUCACGGGAGGGUCCUUCAUAACCGCAUGAGAAUGGACUGUGAGAAUCCUUCCGUGACUCUUCAGAACUGUGUGUUGCAAAUGUACUGUGAGUGCGGGAGUUUUGAGGAUGCGGAUAAGGUGUUCGAUGAAAUGCCUGAGUUAAACAUAGUUACUAGAGUGACGAUGAUGAAUGCUUAUGCAGGAAAAGGUCUUUUGGAUAAAGCUGUUGGUUUGUUCUCGGGGAUGUUGGAGUCAGGAGAGAAGCCGACUUCUUCCGUGUAUACUACACUGUUGAAGUCUUUGGUGAAUCCAAGUGGUUUAGGGAUUGGUAGACAGAUUCAUAGUCAUGUUAUACGUUCUGGUUUAUGGGGGAAUGCAUCUAUAGAGGCUGGGAUCUUGAACAUGUAUGUGAAAUGUGGUUGGUUAUUAGGUGCUAAGCUAGUGUUUGAUCAGAUGGUAGUGAAGAAACCGGUGGCUUGGACGGGGUUGAUGAUUGGUUAUACUAAAGCUGGGAGAGCAAGAGAUGCUUUGAGACUGUUUGUGGAUUUGGUGACGGAAGGUGUUGAAUGGGAUAGUUUUGUGUUUUCAGUUGUUCUUAAAGCAUGUGCUUCUCUUGAAGAGGUUAAUCUUGGCAAGCAGAUUCAUGCAUGUGUAGCUAAGCUUGGUCUGGACUCUGAUGUCUCGGUUGGUACUCCUCUUGUUGAUUGUUACAUCAAAUGUUUCAGCUUUGAGUCUGCUCUUCUUGCAUUUGAAAAAAUCAGUGAACCAAACGAUGUUUCCUGGAGCGCAAUCAUCUCUGGAUACUGCCAGAUGAGUCAGUUUGAAGAGGCUAUUAAAACUUUCAAGUCUUUGAGAAGCAAAAAUGCGGCGAUUCUAAAUUCAUUCACAUAUACUAGCAUAUUUCAAGCUUGUUCUGUACUUGCAGAUUGCAACAUUGGUGGCCAAGUCCAUGGAGAUGCUAUAAAAAGAAGCCUGGUUGGUUCUCAGUAUGGAGAAAGUGCUCUCAUUACAAUGUAUUCAAAAUGUGGAUGCCUAGAUGACGCCCGUGCAGUCUUCGAGUCGAUGGAGAACCCGGACAUUGUUGCUUGGACAGCUUUUAUAUCAGGUCAUGCCUACUAUGGAAACGCCUCUGAAGCUCUGAGAUUGUUUGAGGAAAUGGUUAGUUGUGGCAUGAAGCCAAACUCUGUGACUUUUAUUGCGGUUUUAACCGCAUGCAGCCACGCUGGUAUGAUUGAACAGGGCAAGCGUUAUUUGGACACAAUGCUUCCAAAGUACAACGUGGCUCCAACUAUUGACCAUUAUGAUUGUAUGAUCGACAUUUAUUCCCGUGCGGGACUAUUAGAGGAAGCUCUCAACUUUAUGAAGAGCAUGCCUUUUGAGCCUGAUGCAAUGAGUUGGAAAUGCUUUCUAAGUGGGUGUUGGACUCACAAGAAUCUCGAACUAGGGGAGAUAGCUGGUGAGGAGCUUCGCCAACUCGAUCCAGAAGAUACAGCUGGAUAUGUUCUACCGUUUAAUCUGUAUACGCAGGCUGGAAGAUGGGAAGAAGCUGCUGAAAUGAUGAAACUAAUGAAUAACAAGAUGCUAAAGAAGGAACUGAGCUGCAGCUGGAUCAGAGAAAAGGGUAAGAUUCAUCGGUUUAUAGUGGGUGAUAAACACCAUCCACAAACUCAGGAGAUCUAUGAGAAGCUCAAGGAGUUUGAUGAUUUUAUGGAAGGUGAUGUGUUUCAGUGUAGUAUGACAGAGAGAAGAGAACAGCUUCUUGAUCACAGCGAGAGACUUGCUAUUGCAUAUGGGUUGAUAUCGGUGAAUGGCAAUGCCCGUGCACCUAUCAAGGUAUUCAAGAAUCUCAGAGCAUGUCCAGAUUGCCAUGAGUUUGCAAAGCAUGUGUCUUUGGUUACAGGACAUGAAAUCAUCAUCCGAGAUUCUAGAAGGUUUCACCAUUUCAAGGAGGGGAAGUGCUCUUGCAACGAUUACUGGUGA